AAGCGCUUAGUAAAUAGCACUGCUUGCUUGACAAGGAAAUGGAAGGUUUCUCCUCCCUCCCCCCUCUGGCCCCUCAGGCUGGCUGAAAGUCCCAGGAUACCACCUCCCCAUCUAAGUCACAACCCAACCGGGCCGAUGGACAGCAGGGCGGAGGCCGCUCUGCAAUCGGAGAAGCGGAAAUUCCAAGCGAACGUAAGGCUCCUGGAGGAGCUGGAGCGAGAGCUGGGCCGAGCGAAGGAACAACGGAGGCAGCUGCGGGAGGAGAACGCACGACUGCAGGCGGAGGCAGGGCGGCUCCAGGCCGAGAGCCGGGCCCUGCUGGGCCACCUGGCCGGCCGGGCCCGGAGGAACCCGGAGGAGCCUCUGAGUCUCUGGGACCAGCAUCGGCGGCAACUGGAAGAGAUCCGGAGACAGAGGCGGGAGCUGCUCGACGACUACGAGGCUCAGAGGGCAGCCCUGCGGGCCGACCUGUUGCAACGGGAGGCGGACCUGGCCCGCCUAAAUCGGGAACUACAGGCUCUCGAGCCUGUGAGGGCACUGAAGGAGACGCAGUCGCAGCGGGUGCGAGAGCUUCGGGGGGAAGAGCGGGCCGUCAGAGCCGAGACGGCCGCGCGACUCCUCGAGGCUCGGGGCCGGUUCCUGCGGGAGGAGGAGGCCCUGGAGAAGCAGAUGAGCAGGGCAGGCCCGGGGCAAGGAGGAGAGGAAGCGAGUGCGAGGCAGGGGGAGCGGGCCCUGGAGCUGGAAGCGGAGCAGGGCGCCCGAGAGUUCGGUCAGCAACUCCAAGGGGAGAACCACCGUCUGCGGAAGCAGCUUCUGCAACUGGUGCGGCAGGCACGGGCGCUGCAGGCCCGGCGGGAAAGGCUGCAGAAACAAAAGCAGUGGCUGCAGCGGGAACGCUGGUGCCUGGAAGCCACUAUCCGAGGGAGACGGCGUCUCCGGGAGAGAUCCAGCCUCCAGCCGAGAAGGCAGGGCCACCCCCAGGGACCGUGUUGUCCGUCCCGUCCGCCGAAGGGUCGACGCGUUGUCACCGACCCGACAGUCACCCCGGGCCUCCCUGCUUACGGUGCCGUGCCGGGGUGCUUCGCCAACCAAGAUAAACAGAUGGAGACCCCGCCUCCCGGGAGCUUACAAUCUACCUAUAUGUCAAAGGCUAGACCGACGGUCGGCGCAUCCUGACAAUAAACACUAU